AUGAGCUCAGCCUCCAAAGACGUCCGCUCUCCACCACCAGAGUACAAGAAUGCACGCUCGCUGCCUAAUCUGUACGCAUGUUCAGCUUGGUCCACCUAUCGUACACUGACAUUCUGCAGGGUUUGGUGCAAGAGAUGUUCUCAGUUCCGGCCCCUCGCCAGCUUCGCCAACAACCGCCAGAAUGAUGCCAAUUGGAUGCUGAGCAAUGGCGCAAAACUGGGUGACAAGAAGAUAUUCGACAAAAUGGUCUGCAGCAACUGCACCGCUGCACCUCUCACGCAGCUCAAAUGUACCGGAUGCAACAAAACUCUCAGUCUCGGCAGGUUCUCUAAAACUCAGAGGCGCGACCCUGAUUCUGCCAGAUGCACAACGUGUAUCAGCCAGAUCGAGAACGUCAGGCCUGGACAGCAGGACCCGUACGAGGCCGAUGAUUCCGAUGAAGACUGCAUGACUAGCAUCACCGGUGACCUCACCUCCCGUUCGUCCACCAGCGGAGGUGCGCCAUUGGCUUCCAGCAACGGCUUUGUACCCGCUCCAUCCACUAAUACCAACUCUCGCGUGACAACCAACACCACUACCUCUGCUUCAUCCAGCUCUGGAUUCUCGAACUCGACUUAUGCCAGUACUGUCCAAGCUCCUCGUGUCAAGACCGGCAGUAGUGGAUGGGCUGUUGUCAAAAAUGGGUUUCGUGAGGUUUCAGUGCCUGAAUUCAGUGACGACGACGAACCCAAAGAGUACAGUGAUGAUGAGGACUAUGCAAUGUAA